UUCAUAAUACGACUCCGUGGUAUUUCCACAGCUGUUCAUUUAACAAUAUUUGUUAAAGACUGAUACAGUACAGAUUAAGUUAGAAGAUUUUGAUGUGAUGGGUUUGAAAGCUCAUUAAUCUCCUCUUCUUGUGAUGAGAAUAUUCGAUAAGCACACAGUGGACUCUUUCAAUCUACAAUUAUUUAAACUUUUGAUUCAGAAUUUGCGUUUCCCAUAAAAGAAAUUAAUUUGUGAGACAAUAUGAGCGCAUUACACAUAAAUUAUGCUUUAAACUGUUUACAGUAUUGCUCCUCUACAAAUUUACAUUCAUUUUGAUUACAAAUGACUAAAAAGAAUAGUUCUUGAUACACGAGAAAAUUCACAUCUAAGUAUAAAUUUUAUAUAGUUGUUUGUCCAGAAGAUUCUAAUGAUUCAUCAAGAUUUAUGGAUUUAUGGUAUACAUUUGUUGAUCCUUAUGCCACUGAAGUAGAUGAAAUGGGUACCGAUGAAGCAAACAAAUCUGUUGGUGUAUUACGAAUUAAAGAUGGACGAAAAAUUAUUGAUGCUUAUGAAUGGAAACAUGAUAAUGAUGUCCAUUUAUUAGCGCAAAAUGAUGAAUUAAUUAUUUAUGAAUUACAUGUGGGAGAUUUUCAUGAAAAAUUUAAAGAUUUAACAACUAAAAUUGAACAUUUUAAAUCAUUAGGAAUUAAUGCCAUUAUUUUAAUGCCUAUUCGACAAACUGUACAAUAUUCAUGGGGCUAUAAUCCACGUUAUAGUUUUGCCAUUGAACACACGUUUGGUACCACAUAUGAAUUUAAAGAAAUGAUUGAUAAUAUGCAUGCAAAUGGUAUUCGAGUUCUUGUUGAUGGUGUUUAUAAUCAUGCCGAUGUUUCGUCACCAUUAGCUCAAAUAGAUCAUGAUUAUUGGUUUCAUCAUGAACCAAAAGAUAUUCAGAAUUCUUGGGGACCAGAAUGGAAUUAUCAACAUUAUGAUGCUAAAUAUAAUGUUUGGCCGGCACGUAAAUAUGUUGGAGACUGUAUACGUUAUCUGGUACAAGAAUUUCAUAUUGAUGGUCUUCGAUUUAGUUCAGCUAGAUUUAUACAAAAUUUUGAAUUUUUGACAUUAAUUACUCAAGAUGUUAAAAAAUUAGCCGGAAAUAAACCAUUUUAUUGUGCAGCUGAAUAUAUACCAGAAGAUCCAAUAAUAACUGUAGCAAAAAAUGGUCCAAUGGAUGGUCUCUGGCAUGAAAAAUUUUACACAACUAUUAAAGAUAUUUUAAUUAUGAAUGAUGAUAAUAAUCGCGUUUCUUUAGAUCAAUUGAAGUUAGUUAUUGAUGGUCGUCUACAAGGUUAUUCAUCAAUACAAAAUUUAGUCAAUUAUUUAAGUAAUCAUGAUCAUAAUCGAUUUUGUUAUGACAUAUUUACUCAUAUCAAAGACGAACAAACGGCUAUCAAUCGUUUAAAAUUAGGUUUAUUAUUAUUAACAACAUCAACUGGCAAUAUUUUAUUGUGGAUGGGUGAUGAAUAUGGUGAAAUGAAAGCAAAAUCAAUUGAACAAUCAAAAUUAGAUUGGACUCUAAUACCGACAAAUGAUUUUAAUAAGAAUCUAUUUUCAUUAUGGUCAAAAAUGUUACAUAUAAGACAAAAAUACAUGCAUAUAUUUAAAACAUUAAAUUUAAAAUUUAUUCAUGAAAAUAGUGAUCAACAAUUAUUAGUUUAUGAUCGUUAUGAAAAUAAUGAACAUAUUCUUAUAAUAAUUAAUUUUGGUUCAUUAGUUAAAAAUUAUACAAUAUCAAAUAUACCAUCGAAAGGAAUAUGGACAGAUUUAUUAUCAGAACAUAAUUAUCAUUUAAUGGAUGAAAGUAAUCAAUUAACAUUUGAUGUUAUUGAGGAAAAACAAGGAUUUAUACUCAUAUUAAAUCGACAACAAUAG